UCAACACACGAAGGUCGCUGCGCCAUUUUUGUUUGCACCCGGCUUUUGGAGUACGCUUACAUUGAAAACUGGUGCCGACUCGCGCGGCUUUAAUUAGAUUAUACAGCAUAGAGAUAUGGAUCGCAGGUCAAACCACUCUGAUGGAUCGCACGGCGGAGGCGGUGGAGGAAGCCGCAAUGAGUGCAGAAUUUACGUUGGCAAUUUGCCGCCGGACAUAAGAACCAAAGACAUCCAAGACUUGUUCUACAAAUUCGGCAAGGUCACAUUUGUUGAUCUGAAAAAUCGACGUGGCCCGCCCUUUGCUUUUGUGGAAUUCGACGACCCCAGAGAUGCAGAAGACGCAGUUCACGCUCGGGACGGCUAUGAUUAUGACGGGUACCGUCUCAGGGUCGAGUUUCCGCGAGGAGGCGGUCCAGGAAGUUUUAGAGGACGAGGGGGUGGUGGUGGUGGCGGCGGUGGUAGCGGCGGCGGCCGAGACGGAAGGGGUCGCGGUCCUCCAGCUAGAAGAUCACAAUACAGAGUCCUUGUAACAGGACUUCCACCGUCUGGCAGUUGGCAGGACUUGAAAGACCACAUGAGAGAAGCAGGCGAUGUGUGCUUUGCUGAUGUAUUUAAGGAUAAUUCUGGAGUUGUUGAAUAUUUGCGUUAUGAGGACAUGAAAUAUGCUGUCAAAAAAUUGGACGAUUCCAGAUUUAGAUCCCAUGAGGGAGAAGUAUCAUACAUAAGAGUGAAAGAGGAUUAUGGUGGUGGUGGAGGUGGUGGUAGCAGCGGAGGCGGUGGAGACCGUUCAAGCCGAAACCGCUCCCGCAGUUACUCCCCACGCCGAAGAGGCUCUCCUACCUACUCGCCUGUGCACAGACGGGCUAGCUAUUCCAGAUCAAGAUCACGCUCCCGCUCCUAUCACUGAAGAGCUGUCGAUGGCUAACGCCAAAUUGACAUUCCUACUCCGGAAUUCACCCCCAGUGUGUUGUUUUCAAAUCGCACACAAGCUGUAAAUUACUUUAACACUAUUUUCAAUCUGUACGCGAAGCAAACACACUGAGUUUUUUUAUGUCAAUUAAAUUGAGGUGAAUUUUGGAGUGUAAA